UUCACCUGCCAUUAUUGUAAAUUUGAAGGGACAAGAUGGCGGCGAGGUGUGGAGGUGUCCUCGUAGGCCAAAUAUGUAUAGUUUUGACGUUACUAGUAUUAUGUACACAGGCCCAACAGUGUCAGUUCCCAAGUGGGUUUUUAGGAGACUGGUACUCUAAGGAGAAUGGUGAAGACACAGAUACAGUUAUUGAUGGCACAGCUUUUCAAAUCAAUAGUAGAGAAUAUGGAGGACCAUGCAUUGCCUCAAGACGUUAUAAUGAAACAACUACACACGAACAGAACAAUAAACUCAAAGUUUUAAUAAGGAAUAGUAGAGGUGGCAAUAAUUGCUAUAUGUGCUUAGAGUUAUACUUGAGAACCCCAAACAUUCUCCAGCAAAGAUCAGCAUCUUCCUGUAGAUCCAGCCCAAUAGCUCCUUCCCUGGAAGAUGUUUGUAAUGCAAUACGGCCACAGGCAGGCUUGGUGACUAUGUUCAGGAAGUCUGCCAUCAAUGUGAACUGCAGGACCACAUUUGAAGGUGUCUUCCAGUUUACAUAUGAGUAUGAUGUUGGAGGUGGUGGUAUCUGUAACAGUCCAAGUAGUAUUAUAACUGCCUGUCAACUGCCAGGGUCAGUCUACUAUGACAACCAGGCCUUUGACAUGGUCUAUGCUGUUUGCCCUGGAUUGAGUAUGUCCAAAGAUGACACCAUAAGAUACCAGUGCUUAGGUUCUUGGUUGGAUGAUAAUGGGAACAUAUUUGCAGCUGUUAUGAACACAGGAGAAGAUCGGCCAUACAGAAGGUUUAGAUGCAUGUUAACGAGAAAAGAACAACAAAGAGGAAAUAAUGAGGUUCGCUGGACCAUGUCUGAGAGUGCGGAAUGUUCCACGUUGAAAAGUCCAUAUGAGGGACCUAUAAGACUGCUGUUAACACCUGUUGUUGGCAGUACCCAGUUGCGAGAAAUCACUCCAUCUUGCAACCUGCCUAGAAACUUCAGUGGGACCUGGUUUACCACUGGUGAAUAUGACUCCACUGUCACCAUCAACUACACUCACAUCUACUUCAAGACUAAAAUUGACCAGUUUACCACCAGGGAGACAUAUUUCACUUGUCAACAGACACAGCAGUCCAGUUACAUGAUGACAUCUGUCACAAGGGGGAGAUGUGAGGUAGAUUAUGUGUGCUUUGACUUCCUUCCCCGUCAUCACAACAUAAUCAGAUACAGACUAGGGAAGCCUUUCCGUCUAUCUCGACAAGAGAAAGAGCAACCAGUUGAAGAUUAUCUUGUCACCAAGUUCAGACAGGCGUGUGCAAGACCCUCCUAUGUUUUAAAUGAGCAAAACUAUAAUUGGAAGUACAAUACAUUUAUAUUGUAUGACCCAUCUCCCAUAGAAUGCCCAAUUCAGGGAAGGUAUACAUUUAAGCAGUUUGGUGCAGAGAAAUAUGUGACCAGAAUCAGAGGUAUCACUGAGCGUCCCCGUGUGCAGGUUGACUGCAGAGAUUAUGAGUCAGAGAUUGCCAUAUGUCACAGUAGAGACAGCAAGGUGAUUGAGGUGGAUGCUGAGCGCUGCAGGACAUUGGAUCAAAAUGCCAGACCUGUCGGAGAAUAUGAUGUUCCGGAUAACUUGCUGACCUGUGUUGGCUACUGGCUGGAAGACAACAGGUCAUACAUGGUCACUUAUGAUGAGGAGGACAGAAUCUCACGAUUCAGAUGUUGGGUUUAUGAAAGGCUAACGUGGCGUGAUAUCAUCAUGUCGCGGGCCGUGCGUGCUGCCUGCGGUGUGGCACAGACGCCAAGGAGUUUCAGAGCAUCAGAAGGAGCCAGUCUGUCCAUACAGAUGUUCUUAGAUGAAAGAGAGCAUGACGACUGUCCACAGAAGUUUGAUUUUGGUGCCAACCCAUGGUUGAAAGAAAAUGUCAUCUACGUUUUGGGGGGAAGCAUCACAUUCCAUGGUAGUUACAUCUUGGUGCUUUGUCUCGCCUUUCUUUCAUUAUUAUUUGCUUGUUAAACACGUUUUAUAUCAGGAAUUGACUUUUAAUACAAGAUCAGCUGAGUGUUCAACUAUUCAAACAGUGCUUUUAGUGACAAUUUUAGAUAAACUAUUCCAUAUAACCCAUUGCAAAGAAGUUCUUGGAAUGAAAACAAGAACUGAACGCAGUGCAUUUAUGGUUGUGAUGUGCAUGUGAAACAUGUUUAUUUUAGUGCCUUCAAAUGAAAAACUUAUGUUUUAGUGACGAUUUCAAACAUACGUUGAAUAUAUAUAUCGAUAUCAUAAACUAUUUGCAUUUUACUGCCGUUUGACUUAUCGUAUUUUACUGGUUUAGUCUGAAUUUUUUUUAUAUAUCAGGCAUGAUAGACUUGAGUACGCAUAUCUAACUAUAAUGUACACCAUUAGUGUGCCCGGUAGAAAAAACUUGAAGUUGAGAGCGGAUUUGCAAAGAGUAGUGCGUUUUUUUUUUACAUGCUCUGACACAUUGUAGAAAAGCUGUACAGAAAUCAAUAUUUUUACAACAAAAAGCAUAUUUCAUAGUAUGGAAAUAAUGACUUCAUCUUGUAGAGGAUACUCAGAUAACCUUGUAAAUUGUAGAUAGAAUAUUAGUAUGUUUUGCAAAAGACAUCUAGUAGUUAAUGAAACAAUGUCAACACCCAUGUAGGCGGUGUGGCUGGGAUCGUUAACUUAAUACUUUUACUUUUGUUGGUCAAAUAUUACGCACCCAGGAAUUAUUUUCCAUUGUAUAAUAACGCUUCAUUUUAGAUGACCCAGAUUGUUUAAUAUCGCAACUGUUUUCUUGUACAGAUCAGAUGUCACUUAUCGUUGUAGAAAAGAAUAUAAAUAUAUGUUCAGAAUUUCGACUAAAAGAAAAUGUUUGGAAUUCCUACCUAACAUUUGUCCUAGAGUAUGUUUUAUAGAUUGAAACCUUUUUGGUAUAAGGCAUUAAGUAUUUGCGUGUAGUGAAUAAUCGCGAUAAGGAGAUACGAAACCCAUAAAUCAUUAUUUGUUUUUGCUGAUGGCAGCAUAUUUUGGAUUCUGUAUAUAUGAAAUUGAAAACAAAGAAUAUAGUGAAAGUUUGUACACGAGGUUUAUUUGAUUGUGACUUUAAUGUCUUAAUUUUCAGUAUAAAAACUUGAGCAAUAAAAAGGAUGUACAGUA